AUGGUUCAUGCUAAGAGCUGGACCCUGAAGAAACACUUUGUAGGUCUCCCUACUAAUAGUGACUUUGAACUGAAGAAAGUUGAACUCCCACCCUUAAAAGAUGGAGAGGUCCUGCUGGAAGCUUUGUACUUCACCGUGGAUCCUUACAUGAGAGUUAUGGAAAAAAGCUUGAAGGAGGGUGACAUGAUGAUGGGAGAGCAAGUGGCCAGAGUUGUGGAAAGUAAAAAUUCAGCCUUCCCAACGGGAACUAUUGUGGUGGCUCCUUCCGGCUGGACAACACACUCCAUUUCUGAUGGGGAAAAACUGGAAAAGGUGCUUGCAGAGUGGCCGGACACAUUACCACUGUCUCUGGCUCUGGGAACGGUUGGCAUGCCCGGCCUAACAGCCUACUUUGGCCUGUUUGACAUCUGUGGAGUGAAGGGUGGAGAAACAGUGCUGGUUAGUGCGGCAGCAGGAGCAGUGGGCUCUGUUGUGGGGCAGAUUGCUAAGCUCAAGGGCUGCAAAGUUGUUGGAACAGCAGGGUCUGAUGAAAAAGUUGCUUGGCUUAAAAAGCAUGGAUUUGAUGUUGCCAUUAACUACAAAACAGUAAAGUCUUUGGAAGAAGCUCUGAAAGUAGCCGCUCCUGAGGGUUAUGAUUGUUAUUUUGAUAAUGUGGGUGGAGAGUUUUCCAACGUUGCUAUCACCCAGAUGAAGAAAUUUGGAAGAAUUGCUAUAUGUGGGGCCAUCUCUGUAUACAACAGAACCGGCCCACUUCCCCCAGGCCCAUCGCCGGAAGUCAUCAUCUUUAAGGAACUCCACUUGCAAGGCUUCAUGGUCUACCGCUGGCAAAGAGAAGUCCGCCAGAAGGCUCUGAGAGACUUGCUGAAGUGGGUCUCAGAGGGUAAAAUCCAGUACCAUGAACACAUCACUGAAGGAUUUGAACACAUGCCGGCUGCAUUUAUUGGAUUGCUCAAAGGAGAGAAUCUGGGGAAGGCAAUAGUGAAAGCAUGA